GGAUUUUUCAGACAUUUGUUGUUUCUUCAUAAAUGUAUGCCAUUGUGCUCCUUUAUCCUUUGCAGGCAUCUGGAACAGAUUGACAUUGAAGUCUUUGAGCUCACAUUUACAAUGGAUAAAGUAAUUCAAGCAGUGUUCUGCUUUCUUCUGCAAUCAACCAUGCAAUGUUUGUUGCAAGCUUCUUUACUGCUAGAUACGGCCUGUUAUAUCCAACUCAUGCAGGUUUUUACAAGGUGUUCCUGUUGGACCUAUCGUGAUCUGUUUGGAGGGUUGGUUUUUACUUAUCUAUUUCAAGGAAAGUUAUUUUCCAAAGCUACUUUAAGGUCCUGUGUAACCAGACUCGGCGAGGAUGAACAGCGUCUAUUUUUUAGCCCCGUAGCACAGAUUGGUUGAUCCCUUUAAAAAAUUAUUUCAUGGUUUUUUCA